AGUCUUGCUUGGCUAGCCAGAUGGUAAACAACAAACGGCUUCAUUUUAAACGGUAGAAGACUAGCAGUGAAAAAAAACAAGUGACAAACGCGGAAAUCGAUUAAAAGUGUCCAAUUUGAAUUUUGCGUGAUAUGAGAAGAAUCGCACCGCUUCUCGAGUGAUUUUUUUUUUUACCGGAAGAAAAUUGGUUUCGGUGGACUUUUGUUUUGUUUUUGUUUAGUUUAAAACAUUUUUUUGUUAUUAAAACCCUGGACAGGAAGUGACUAAAACCAGACGGUGUCAUUGUGUUUUCAUUAAACUGCAUCAAGUCGUCUAGUCUAGUGCUGCAGUGCGGAUUUGAUCUGAAUAUUCCGACCUCGACCUGCCAGGAGAAUGUCAUUGUGAUUUAAGCCAGUGACGAGAACGGAAGAGUUUCCAUUUUAUUUUUUUGUAUCAUCAAUUUGAUUUGUGUUACUGCUACUGUUUGACGAUAUUCCGUCACAAAAUCGCCGGCUACACCAAAUUUGGAACCAUUUCGUGCCCGCGCCAUCUUCAAGACACACCGGAGACGCUGCCAGGAGAAUGCUAAGUAGGACGCCGAGGCACCGGACAGGGAGAAUAUGUUACGAUGCGUACCUCGCGAGGAGUUCGACGUUGCCCCUGGGACUACUGAUUAGCUGGAUUCUGGUGCUGGCCACGAUCAUGACGUCAAGCGGCAGCAUGGCCACGGCCUACCGGGUCGGGGUUGGACGAGCCGACUGUACCGGACCACCGGUGGAGAUCACCUUUAUGGGUUACGCCCAGCUAUCUCAGCGAGGGUACGGCAUCCACCUGCGCCAGUUCGCGCGGAGUUUCAUCUUCGAGGAGGGUGGCAAACGGGCUGUAUUUGUAAGCGUCGACGCCGGCAUGAUGGGUCACGCAGUGAAGCGGGAUGUCAUUGCGGUGCUGCAGAAGAAAUACGGAGAUACUUAUACACUGGACAAUGUUGCUAUUAGUGGAUCGCAUACGCAUUCUACCCCUGGAGGGUUCUUGAUGUACUUGCUGUACGACAUGACCUCGUUGGGAUUCGUCUCGGAGACGUUUAAUGCUCUGGUUCGGGGAAUUGCUCAGAGUAUCAUUAGAGCGCACAACAGCAUGGUGGAUGCAAAGGUCUACGUAUCGGAGAUUGACGUUUUGGAGGCAAGCAUCAACAGGAGUCCGAGUGCUUAUGAUAAUAAUCCGGCUGAAGAGAGGACCCAGUACAAUGACAAUGUGGAUAGGAAACUUGUUCAACUGAGGGUAGUGAACAAGAGGAACGAAGUUUUCGGAGCGAUCAAUUGGUACGCAGUCCAUCCGACGUCCAUGAACAAUACCAACAGGUUUGUGUCGAGUGAUAACGUUGGUUAUGCUUCGGUUUUGCUGGAACAGGAACGUAACAAGGGUAGCUUGGUGGGGAAGGGUGAGUUUGUGGGAGUGUUUGCUUCCAGUAAUCUGGGGGAUGUUUCGCCGAACAUAAUGGGACCGAAGUGUGAGAAGACUGGGCUACCGUGUGAUCUGUUGACUUCGUCCUGUCCGGCGGGUGCUGGGGCUUGUUUUGCUUCCGGACCCGGACGAGAUAUGUACGAGAGUACCAAGAUCAUCGCUACGAGGUUGUAUGGAGCUGCUGCGACUCUCUUGAACAAGGCCGGAGGCCGUGAAGUCACCGGACCGGUGAACUUCGUGCAUCAGUUUGUGGAUAUGACCCGAGCCGAGGUCAACUACUUUAACCCGAAAACAAGAACCGGUGAACUAGUUCGAGGUUGUUUACCGGCAAUGGGAUACAGCUUUGCGGCUGGAACUACCGAUGGCCCUGGAGCGUUCGACUUCCAGCAGGGUACAGUCACGGAUAAUGCUCUAUGGAAUGCGGUCAGGGAUCUGCUAGCUGAACCGACUGCCGAUGACAAAGAGUGUCAAGCUCCUAAGCCAAUCCUGUUGGCAACCGGUAGGGCGAAGUUCCCCUACGAUUGGCAACCGAAGAUCGUUCCGACACAAAUCCUUCUUAUCGGGGACUUCGCCAUCGCUGCUGUUCCCGGAGAGUUCACAACUAUGUCCGGUCGAAGGCUAAGGAACGAAAUAUCUCGAGCUUCGGUAGCUGCCGGAGGAAAGGAACUUCAGGUCGUCGUCGCUGGUCUCUCGAACAUGUACACAAGCUACAUAACCACCCCGGAAGAAUACGAAAUUCAACGUUACGAGGGUGCAUCGACCCUCUACGGACCUCAUACCCUAACGAUCUACAUUGAUCAGUACAAAAGAAUGAUCGAGGCUGCUGUCAAGAACCAACCUCUAGACUCUGGCCCGUCUCCACCAUAUCAGGACGACAAACAAAUCUCGCUGAUGACCGGGGUCAUCUUCGAUGGUCAUCCGAUUGGCAAGGACUUCGGAUCGGUUAAAGUAGAGCCACUGAAUACCUAUGAGAGGGGUGACCGGGUUCAUGCGACCUUCGUCAGUGGAAACCCUCGAAACAAUCUGAUGCACGACAAGACCUACUUUACGGUGGAACAGAAACAGGUCGACGGCAAUUGGACAGUGAUUGCCACCGAUGCCAAUUGGGAAACUAAAUUCAAAUGGGAACGGCAAUCGACAAUCCUAGGGCUGAGCGAUACCGAGUUCACAUGGGAAAUUGGACAGGACGUUAAGAAGGGAACCUAUCGGAUCCGGCACUUUGGUUACUAUCGGUACAUUUUGGGUGGCGUCUACCCUUACACAGGAUCAACGAAGACUUUUAUCGUAGAAUAAGUUUGUUUCUUACAUUUAGAAAGUUUCUCCUGAACUUGAACUUACACUUUAGUUCGUUUUGUUAAUAAUUUCCAUUUCCAAAUGUGACAUGUAGAGUAUCGUGCCUGUGAUAGGAAAGGCAGUGUAAUUGUGCUGCAGCUUCGCAGUAAGAAAAGGGUUCGUGAGUUGUCAUCGAACAACUGCGAAUAUCAUGUGUUUAGAUUUUCUCGUUGACUGACUUAAAUAUUACUUUUUUUUAAAACUGCAAAAUGAAAAAUCAAACAUCAGUCAACAACAAAUUGGAACCAAAAAUCCUAGUCAAUAAUUGCUACGUAGGCUUAGAACCGUGAACGACUUUGUUGUAGAUUUCAUUGAAAAUAAAAUAAAAUUAUAGUUUAAA